UGGAAUUGCUGUCACAUCACGAGUGGUUUACAUGCUGAGUAUAUCCAUAGGUGUAGAUUAGUGAUGUGGAACAAUGUGGAAUUAUACAGAUAUUGCUGAUUUUCGUAAACAUAUAAAAAAACAAAAAUUUUCAAUGCAUUAUCUGUCGUUUAUUACUGUGAUAAUAAUAUUUCAAGUCAUAUCGCCAUGUACACCACUCAUUUCUGACAAACGAUUGUGCUAUGACCCUGAUUGUUCAGAGGUUGUGUCUAUAGCGAAAACGAUAAUAAAUUAUAAUGCUAAAGAGCCAGAUAUUAUGUCAUUUCCCCUUAAUGUUGAUGUCAAAGUUUUUAGUAAAAGUGCUGGAACUCGAGAUGAUUUAUGGGGUGUUGAGAUUGAGGGUAAAAGAGGAUAUAUACCUAAAAAAUUCCUUAGAGAAAAGAAAGUAAUUCACAAAGAUCUCGAAUAUAUUGUGCCUACAGAAGCUUCAUUUAAAAAGCUAGUUCAAUUCUCUGCUGAUGGUAAUGAAAUUAAAGAUCAGACUAGUUCAAUUAUUAAUUCUGAUAUGAUACAAAAUGACAAUGCAACAGAAUUACCUCUAGAUAUUGAUCAAGUCUCACCGUCAUUUGAAGUCAUUGAUGGUACAACAAUUUAUUCUCCUUCGGAAACAGAAGAGGAAGAGAAUAGUUAUGCAACAAAAAUUAUUAACCAAUCUCCGUCUACACAAGAACAACCAGUUCUUAGCGUUCACCCAAAUUUGAAGACUAGCGAAAUACCGCAAGACAUAGCGUCAACAGUUGCAACUGGAGCUUUACCUGAAAGUAAUGAAGAUCCUGAAAAAUCUGUAAUUAAUCCGAGUACUGAUGAGGUAGUGAAAGAAAAUAUUGAUAAAAAAGUCAGUUUCGAUGAUAAAGUAUCUGAAAAAGUUCCAUCAGAAACUCCAUUAGCAACAUCAGAAAAAGAAGUUGAGAAACCUAAACCAGAAGAUGUAGCAGUGGAAAAUGACUUGAAUCUCUCCCAAAAUAAUGAAGAAAAUAAGGAACCAAAACAGCUGGAAGAAAAUGAAGAAGUUAAGGAAGAUGAAGAAGGUUUCGACGAUGAAGAUGAAGAUGAGGAAGAUGAUUAUGAUGAUAAUGAAGACAUACCAGUUGAAAAGCAAGAUGUAGUUGAAGUGCUAGAUAAAGUUGAAAAUGAUUCUCAAGGUAAUGACCAAGAGUUAUCUGAAAAGUCAGUUAAAGACAAAAGUGAGGCAAUUGAAAAUGAAACGGUCACGAGCACAUUUGCUAAUGUUCUUGGGAAGGUUACAUCAUAUUUCGCGAGCCCAGAUUCUCAACCUCCUGCAGAAGAAGAUUCUCAAAAAAAAGAAAGUACACCAUUCGAAGAGAGUGAAAAAAUUUCAGAAAUAACUUCAACAACAGAAGAAAAGUUACCAGAGGUUACUGAAACUCCACCACCCAUUGCAACUCAACCGGAAUUGGAAGAAAAUCAAUCAGUAGAAGUGGAGAAACAAGUUUCAGAUGAAAAAGAAACUUUAUCUUCAGAAAUAACGGAAGAAAUUUCAGAGAAAACAAACACUUCAACAGAAACAGUGCCUGAAACAACUCUAUCAAAUGAAAUUUCAUCGGAACAAAAAAAAACUACUAUGGAAAUAGAGACUACAUCUGAAAAAGAACCUGAGAAAGUUCCUGAACAAGUCACUGCACUUCCAGAUGUAACUGAAAAAAAUCUACCCGGAGAUGAAGCUCCAAAAGAAAUAGAAAAAUCUCCAGUGACAGCUAAAGAAGUUUUAAAAUCAAAAAUUCUAGUGCCAAUUGCAACAGUAAAGAAAUUUUCUCCUCCUGUAGAUAGUGAAGAAAUAAAAGUGUCAACUGAAUUACCAAAUUUAAUAGUGUCUCAAAAACUUCAAGAAGUAGUUGAAUCUUCAAUUGAUGAAAACAUUGAAGAAGCAUCAGGGACAACUGAAACAUCUGUUCAAUUAGAGUUGACUGAUCAAACAACUGAACUAGUUUUAGAAAGUUCAUCUAUAGAUUUAACGACGCAAACCACUCAAGAAGCUGUUUAUAGUGAUAGUGUUAUAAUUGAAGAUGUAAAUAAUGUUUCUAAAGUUAAUAAUGUUAUUGAUAAAGAUAAGUUAAAUGAUACUCAAGACGAAAUUCCAAAGACUGAAGAAGAACUUAUUCAACAAGGACAGCCUGGCAUCAAUGAGGAGGAUGGAUUAUCAGGCUUGAGCCAAAAUAUUUUUACCGAUCGCUACCCUGGCUUCAAUGAAUUUCCAACCACUAGAAAUUUAUUGAAUGUUCAGAAUGAAGUUUAUCCAGAUAGUUCUGAGUUAGGAGACAAUAAUAAAUCUGAAACGUCAUAUAGUGAUACCACAAUAGUUCCUGAAGAUAAAGAAACCACUACAACUGCGAGUAAUGAUGAAAUAAUCAUGAGCAGCACUGAAGCUCCACACGCUAAUCAAGAACUGGAGAUAAAUAAAGAGGCUAGAAAUCUUGAAAAUGUGGAGCGCGUGAUACUUUUUUCAGAAGUCUGCAGUGCUCAUAAUAAUUGUGAUGAAUCUAUAGAAAAAAAACUUCCUGAUGAGAAGGAUUCGACAUUUGAUAAUGAACAAGAAGUUAUUCAUGCAAUAGAACAAGGUCAAAACUACUGGGAAACACUUUCAUAUUUGACUUUAACAGCUUUAACAACUUUAUUAUUUUCUCUUGGAUACUUUUACAUUGAGAACACUAGACGUGAUGGACAGCUAAUUGCCAAAAUUAAUAAACUUGAAAAAGAACUGCUCAUUUCCACUAAAGAAUGUACAGCUCUUGAUGAAACAUUAAAGUCAACAAAAACUAAGUUGGGUUCAAUUGAAGAUGAAUCGUUUGGAUCAAAUGAAAUUGUAACAUCAUUAAAAGCUGAAUUAGAAGAUGCGAAUAAAGCUAAAGUAGACCUCGAAAAUCAAGUAUCUACGCUCGAAAAGGAUUUAGAAAGUGCAACAGAAGCUGGAUUAGAAUUAGAACGCAUGUUGAGGGAACUUCUAGCCACUAAAAAUGAAGAGAAUCCUCUUGCGAAGACCAUUGAAGACCUGCAAGCUCGGUUGGAUGCUCAACAGUCUGCAAAUAAAUCGUUGACAAGUGCAUUACAGCUUAAAACUCAAGAGCUUGAAAUUGAUAAGUCUGAGAAUGACUCUUUGAGGAACGAACUUGCAGUCAAUGUUCAAAAAUGUGGUCAAUUAGAGCUAGAAGUGACAAGACUAAGUGAAGAAUUAAAUUCGAUGACAACAAUGAAACAAGAGGUUGAAAUACGUUUGACAAAAAAAGUAGAAGAGCUUGAAAAACUUUUAUCAGAAAUAACAAAGCAACAAAAGACCCUUAAGAUCCAAUUAAAGAGUAAAGAGAUGGAAAUUAAAGAUCUAUCUGAAGUUGUAAAAAAAUCAGACAUCAACAGUAUUGAUCUUAACAAACUGUCAAAUGUAUCUCAAAUGAAGGCUGAGAUUAAUCAACUUAAAGAAGAAAGAGAUGAUUUGAAAAUAAAGUUGACUGAAAUUGAAGGAGCUCAUAAUUUGCUAGAAGAACAUUCGAGAUCUAUAAAUAAAGAAAUAGAGUCAUUGACUGAUCAAGUUAAGAUGGCAAUCAAAGAGAAGAAUGAAGCAGAAACACGUCUCGAAGUACUCACUAAAUUUUUCCAAGAAAAGGAAACCGAGCGUCAGAAAGAAGAAAAUUUGUGGCUGCAAAAACAAGGAGAAGUUUCAACAACGGUUGAAAAAAUGCAAAUCAUGCAAAGUGAAAUACAAAACUAUAAGCAACAAAUUGAAACACUGAAACGUGAAAUUUUUGACCAAGAAAAAGAAUACAAGACUCAAAUAGCUGCUCUAGAGGCUAAAGCUCAUGAACAAUGGGUUCGUGCUCGUCAAAGUGAACGUCGUUUAGAAGAAUCGAAAGCUGAAUCUGGCCAAUUACGAAACCGACUUACAUUAAUGGAGAAGAAUCUAAGUGAUAAUGAAUCAGAGGCAAAAACACACCGCUUGGAAUCGAAUGGAGAGACAGCAACGUCGCCACAAUUAUUCCUAGGGGCAGAAACAUCAAGUUCUCCACUAAUGUUUACGGGUACAUCGAGUAUUCCACCACCUCCUUACCUGUAUGGACCACCCUUGCCACCAUUUUUAUCUUCACACUUGCCCACAUUACCAGGAUAUGAUGUGGGACAACGACCUCCACCACUUGGUCGAUUAUCAUCACCGCCUCCUAUUCCAAUUACUGCUCCAGGACCUUUGCCACCUCCUCCACCUCUUCAUACUUCAUCAAAUAGUCGAUACGAUCAUUCUGGAUCAUCGCCAUCACCUCCAAUAUCGCCAUCACUUAUUCCUCAUCCUCAUGGACCUUACAGAUCAAAUGCACCACCCCCACCACCAAUACCUCCGUUUUCUAAUGAUAGAAUUCCUCCAGUUCCUUUACCUGGGAUGUUACCACCUCCACAUUUACCCAAUACUUCUUGGGGGGAAGAUAAAUUGUCUUCACGUAACAAUGGCAGUUUUCAUCCCUUUCAACGAGAUCAGCAUCCGCGUGAAUAUAAAGGUUCCUUAGAUAUAUCGGAAGAAUCUGUGGAUAGGUCGCGUCGAAGUGGAAAAUUGUAAAAAUUUACAUUUCUGUAUAAAUUCCAUUAGAUAGAGAAUGAAUUGAAAUAUUUACGAUGUAAAAGAGCAACGAGUGUGGGAGAUAUGUGAGUCUUCGAAUAAAAUUACGCUAAAUUAUAUAAAUUAAAAUAAACAUUAAAUGCAUUACUUUUUGGGAAAUAAUUUAAUCAAAUACGAGUGAUUACAGCGUAAUUAUUCUAAUGGGUAAAAAUAAGACGAUAUUGUAUGUGAAAAUAGGAUGAUUAUAUUCAAUUGAAAUAAAUAAAACAAAUGGUUAUUGUUA